AUGCUACCGGAAGCUGUGAUUCAUUCUGGAUUAUCAGGACAUCGUUUGAAGCAAGAGGCAGAGAACCACGCUGAGGGAGUCGAGCAAAAGCACAGGUAAAUAAUAAAACAUAAACUCUGUUUGAACAGUGAAAAGAUUCACUCAACAAAUCGUCUGAUUGUCUCUAUAAAUGCUAACGUCAUGAACCGAACAAAACGACAUGGUUAGACUGAAAAAAAACAAUAUCUUGCAAGUUGUAUUUAUCAACUAUAAAACUCAAUUUCGUCUAAAAUCUGAUUUUAUCUACCUGUAAGAGAUGAGCAGACCACGGGCCAUAGUUACGGGUGUUGACAAACUUGUGUCAAACGAAGAGAACCGUUAACAUUCGAGGACAGCAGAGUUAGUGAUCUUUGGGAGUAUGGCUGCUACAAAUGUCUGCCAUCAAACAAGUGAACCAGAGACACAACAAUCAUCCUCAUGUGAUGCCAAGUUGCCUCUGAACAUCAACUCGCGAUUGGAAAAUGUAAAAGAAAACCUACAAGAGUUCAAAAGUGGGAAAUAUUUGAGUAGUUUGCUUAACUGCCAAUCUAACGCUCCUAAACGUGUUGAAUAUGCUACCCAAGCCCUUGAAAUUGAAUUGAUCAAAUUAGCUUAAAUGCUAACAAACCCAAAGCUGAACAUCCCUGUGAAGUGAUUGCUAAAUGUCUAUUUCUCCCAUGCGUUUGCUCUCUUAAUUUAAACCUAAUAUUUCUUUGUUUUUUGUGUUACUAAAUGACCAUGUAAAACUGUAGGCAGAUAACUAUUUUUUUCUUUUUUUUUUUUUUUAAGUUUUGUAAUUGUUGCCUCAUACCUUUUAUGUCAGUCAUGUGACCCCAUAUUAAGUCCAGGGACAAAAUCAAACUUUAUUUUAAAAAAACAUCAAGUACACAUGGUCAAAGUCUGGCAUCAUAAGCUAACCUUUGCUCAUCCCCAAAUUCAAACAUUCAACUUACAAAAAAAAAAAACAACUUUAUAUUUCUCACACUUAAGUUUUUUUGAUGUUGAAAUUAACAGCUUUGGAGCCUCUUAAACUUGCUGUACAAAUACAAACUUUAUAUUUGGACUGCCUGAAAAGGCCAUUUGAAAACAUAGUUUAUGUUAAAUUCAAUCUUAAUGUAAAACUCAAAAAUAUUUGUAAUUAAAAACUAAUUUGGAAUAAAUGAUGAACACGUAUAAAUGAGAUAUGGAAUGAACUCAUUUAUUGUGCAUUUUUUUCCAAAAAGAAAAACUUUACAUUACAAAUCUUUAUCCUCUUCCAUUGUUUAAGUUUAUGCUAUGCAACAGAUCAGAUAAUGCCAUUGCUUAAGGCCAAAUUACUUGUUAACAGACAGAUACCCAUGAAAAGUGUGAGGUCAGCAGAGAUGUUGGCUCAGCAGAUGCAUAGCUAGUUUCAACAAAGUGCCAACACAUCACAUCAUAAGUGUAUUAUGGGUAGUUUGUCAUGUGCAUGGCAUCCCUUACACAUUUAUCUACCUUAGACACUUCCUGUAGACUGCAUGGGUUUAAAACAUGUUCGAAUCUCACUGACACCAGGAUGGAGGUAUCCAGGAGAAGAGUCCUUCAAAAACAUCUGGAGCCUGCGAGACCUCUGCGUCGCUGCAUCCAAGUUGAAAAUGGUAAGCUGUCUCAGUUGGUGAAAUUUAUAAGAAUGGGUCUGAGUAUUUAUUUGAUAUUGCUGUUUUCAUAUUUAAUGGCCUUCUGUUAUUUUAAUUGUAUAACUUUGUUUAGAGCCCAAUUUGAACGCCACAUGUGCACAGGCGAUGAUCAAGGAAAUUAAUGAAGAGGUAUGGAAACCCAAGAGAAAACUGUUUCAGUGUCGCAACUUACACCUACAUUUUUCUUGAUGUAUUGUAUAAUGAUAAUUAUAAAGCACACAUUUCUAACUAAUCUUCAGAUUUGUUUUGAUUUAAACUCUUUCUUUAAAAUUGUGGAGUCAUACAAAAUUAACUCUUGCUUUUCUUUAUAGACGAAUAUUGGGAUAGAGCAGUUCUACAAGAUUGUCAACCUCCACAAGCAGAGAGAAGGAACAGCACAGGGUAUUUUUGGUCACCAUAAAGAUUGAAUGUGCUUACCUGCCAAUAUCACACUUAGAUUGUCAUGCACAUUCAAUGUUACAUGUGUAGGAGACAGACUCAUUCAUUUAAUUUUUUUACAGAAUGGGUUGAACAAAAGCAUCUUGUCAGAGCAACAUCCUGCUUUUGGCUCUUGUUUGUAUUUACCUGAUUUUUAGUCUUACAUAGAUUGCACAUAUUAUUUUUGUAGGAAGAAUAUCUUAUUCAAGAGAUUUUCUGAUUGGUCUGGCAAGUUGUCCUGAGGCCAGGAAGAAACCGGAGUACCUCCCAGAGCACCCCGUAGUCUUAACUGAGGCGGUAAGUGGAGUUUCAUAUUGAGCCCUAGUGUAUAAACAAUAGCACUGUUUGGAUUAAAUUCUGUUUUUGAAAUUGACAGAGGGAUCUUAAGCACAUUAAACUUCAUAAAAGGAGGUGGAACGGGGGAAAUGGAGAUAUGUGAGUUAAUUUUACUCUAGCAAAUAAGACGGUCAAAAAGAUUCAACAAAUUGCAUAUUUCCCUUCUAAAUGUUUAGUAUUUCACAUCAUAUCUAAACUACAACCAAUAUGUUAGCUCUUGUUAUUCUUACAAGAACUGCCAAACUGUAUAGUUAACCACAAGAAUGAAUAUAUUAAACUGAGUUAAAUUACUUGUAUCUUUCUACAUUUAGAUAGUGACGUGUAAAAGAAAAAAAAAUCAAUUUACAUGUUUUUCUCUGUUUUUAGGAUGGAAGAGCAGCUUUACACACCCUGA